UGGAACUGUGAUGGCGUUCAUCAAGCAGAUCGUGAGCCGAGAAAAGAGACGAUACCAAGAAGAUGGAUUCGAUCUGGACCUGACGUAUAUUUACCCGAACAUCAUCGCUAUGGGGUUUCCAGCCGAGAGACUGGAGGGAGUUUACCGCAACAACAUAGAUGACGUCGUACGGUUUUUGGAUUCCAAACACAAAAACCAUUACAAAAUAUAUAACCUAUGUGCAGAACGACACUAUGAUACGGCCAAAUUCAACUGUCGGGUGGCUCAGUACCCGUUUGAAGACCACAACCCUCCUCAGCUGGAGCUCAUUAAGCCGUUCUGUGAAGAUCUCGAUCAUUGGCUCUCCGAGGACGAGAACCACGUCGCAGCGAUUCACUGCAAAGCGGGAAAAGGCCGCACGGGGGUGAUGAUCUGCGCGUACCUGUUGCAUCGUGGGAAAUUUAUGGAGGCGCAGGAAGCUCUGGAUUUCUAUGGAGAAGUGAGGACCAGGGACAAGAAGGGUGUGACAAUCCCGAGUCAGCGGCGGUACGUGCACUAUUACAGCUUCCUGCUGAAAAACCAUCUGGACUACAAACCCGUGGCUCUGCUGUUCCACAAGAUGGUGUUCGAGACGCUGCCCAUGUUCAGCAGUGGCACCUGCAACCCUCAGUUUGUCGUGUACCAGCUGAAAGUAAAGAUCCACACGUCGAAUCCGUCUCACACGAGGCGAGAGGACAAACUCAUUAUUUUUGAAUUUCCUCAGCCACUUCCUGUGUGUGGAGACAUAAAAGUCGAGUUCUUUCAUAAACAGAACAAGAUGUUAAAGAAGGACAAGAUGUUCCACUUCUGGGUGAACACGUUCUUCAUCCCCGGGCCGGACGAGAGCGGAGAACGAGUGGAGAACGGCUCGGCCAUGAACGACAGCGACAGCCACUCGUCCACUCAGAGCCAGAGCUCUCCCUCCGAGCGGGAUAGAGGGAUGGGCGGAGGGGAGAGAGAGAGAGACAGGGAGCGAGACAGAGAGAGAGACAGGGAGAGAGACGGAGAAAGAGACUACUUGAUUCUCGUGCUGACGAAGAACGACCUGGACAAAGCGAAUAAAGACAAAGCGAACAGAUACUUCUCUCCUAACUUUAAGGUGAAGCUGUUUUUCACGAAGACGGUGGACGAGACGUCGAACUCUGAGGCGAGCACUUCCACAUCCAUCACUCCGGACGUUAGCGACAACGAGCCGGAUCAUUACCGUUAUUCGGACACGACCGACUCGGACCCCGAGAACGAACCGUUUGAUGAGGAACAGCACACACAGAUCACGAAAGUCUGA